AUGCAACGCUUCCUAGCGAUCCUUGUUGGCUUGUCGAUCCUCUUGCAAGCCACCCUCGGCUGCCCAACACCUAUCCCCGGAGCAGGGAAACCAUUCCCAAACCCUUAUGUUGAAAAUCCCAGAGACAAAUGUCCAUGCUGCCGUGAGGGAUGCUGUUAUACACACACAUCCGGAACCGAUUCAACGGCCAGCCUGAUUAUUCACAUCUUGCUUGCUCAACACGUCUUUCUCCACCAGAUCAGUCCUGAUUCUGCCGAUUCAUCUCAUCUGUUCUUGAACUUGACACCUCACAUCGCCAACACGAACACGCAAUUACAUAACUUAUUGGUACAUUUUUCCAAAUCAUCUUCCAACCUACAACCCUUCAAAAGCUACCACAUCCAUCAUCAUUGCACCCAUCAAUCCCUCAAUCGUAUCCACUGCUGCUUCAAGUUCUUGAUCUCCAACGUGCUUGCCCAGAUUCGUAGAGUCAGAUUCUCGAGGAUGCAAAACUUUCUAGUGAUCCCUGUUGGAUUAUUAAUCCUCUUGCAAGCUACCCUCGGUUCCCCAACACCCGUUCCCGCCCCUGCUCGCCACCCAAAGCCCUUCGAACCUGAACCACCUCGCGAUGAACCCCGAUGUGAAUAUUGCAGUAAAAGGUUUUGCUGUUGA